GAAGUGCCCGGACAACAUGACCAUUUUCAACCAGGAAAAUGUUGAGGAAUUUUAUGAAAUUGGAGACGAGCUGGGGAGCGGUCAGUUCGCUGUGGUCAGAAGAUGUAGGCACAGGAGUGCAGGUGUGGAGUAUGCCGCCAAAUACAUCAAGAAGCGGCGCAGCAAAUCAAGUCGACGAGGGGUGACGAGAGAGGACAUCGAGCGCGAGGUGAACAUCCUGAAGGAGAUCCAGCACCCAAACAUCAUCACGCUGCACGAAGUCUUUGAAAACAAGGCUGAGGUCAUCCUGAUCCUGGAGCUUGUGGCCGGCGGUGAGCUCUUCGACUUCCUGGCAGAGAAGGAGUCGCUGAGCGAGGAAGAAGCCACUCAGUUCCUCAAGCAGAUCCUGGAUGGAGUCUUCUACCUGCACUCCAAACAAAUCGCUCACUUUGACCUGAAGCCGGAGAACAUCAUGCUGCUGAACCGCUCAGUGCCUCACCCGCGCAUCAAGAUCAUUGACUUUGGCCUGGCCCACAAGAUAGAUUUUGGCAACGAUUUUAAAAACAUUUUUGGAACUCCAGAAUUUGUAGCUCCAGAAGUAGUCAACUAUGAACCUUUGGGCCUGGAGGCGGACAUGUGGAGUGUUGGUGUGAUAACCUACAUUCUUUUGAGUGGUGCGUCUCCUUUCCUGGGCGACAACAAACAGGAGACGCUGGCCAAUGUGUCAGCCGUCGACUACACAUUUGACGAGGAGUUCUUCAGUAACACCAGCGUCCUGGCCAAAGACUUCAUAGCAAAGCUCCUCGUCAAAGACCCCAAGAAGAGAAUGACCAUUCAGGACAGCCUCCAGCACCCCUGGAUCAAGCCAAAAGACACUCAACAAGCGCUGAGCAGAAAGGAGUCGGCUGUCAACAUGGAAAAGUUCAAGAAGUUUGCAGCUCGAAGAAAAUGGAAACAAUCCGUCCGACUUAUCUCCUUAUGCAACCGUCUGUCCCGCUCCUUCCUGUCCAGAAGCAACAUAAGCGUGGCACGCAGCGACGACACGCUGGAUGAGGAAGACUCCUUUGUGAUGAAGGCCAUCAUCCACGCCAUAAACGACGACAAUGUGCCUGGUCUGCAGCAUCUGCUCGGCUCCUUGAACAGUUAUGACGUCAACCAGCCCAACAAGCACGGGACUCCGCCCCUCCUGAUCGCAGCCGGCUGUGGCAACAUCCAGAUCAUCGAGGUGCUGAUAAGAAAAGGUGCAGUGAUCCAGGCCCACGACAAGAGUGGAGCCAAUGCUAUCUACUACGCAGCGAGACAUGGCCAUGUCGAGACCCUGAAAUUCCUUCAUGAAAAGAAAUGCUCUCUGGAUGUCCAAGAUAAGUCUGGAGAGACAGCUCUUCAUGUGGCGGCUCGCUAUGGCAACGUAGAUGUAGUGAGCUACCUGUGCAGCAUCCGGGCCAACCCAGACCUGGCUGACAGGGAGCAGGAGACCCCACUGCAUUGCGCUGCCUGGCACGGAUACUCAGCGGUAGCCCGGGCACUCUGCCAGACCGGCUGCCAUGUGGAUGCAAAGAACCGUGAGGGCGAGAGUCCGCUGCUGACAGCAUCUGCUCGAGGCUUUGUGGACAUCGUGGAGUGCCUGCUGGAGCACAGGGCUGAUCUAGAAGCGACUGACAAGGACGGCCACACAGCCCUCCACCUGGCCGUACGGAGGUGUCAGGUCGAAGUGGUCCGCUGCCUCCUCAGACACCACUGCCACCUGGACCAGCAGGAUCGCCAUGGUAACACGCCGCUGCACAUUGCCUGUAAGGAUGGAAACCUGCCCAUCGUCAUGGCAAUCUGCAGCGCCAAAGCCAGCCUCGACCUCCCCAACAAGUCUGGCAGAACUCCCCUCCACCUGUCUGCUAACAACGGGAGCCUUGAGGUGGUUCGUCAUCUCUGCCUGGCGGGAGCCAACAUCGACGCCGUCACCAACGAUGGAAAGACAGCAGAGGAUUUGGCUUCUACUGAUCAUCACGAACACAUAGUUUCUUUGUUGGGCAAGCUUAAAAAGGACAACCACAAACUGAGCUACAUCCAGCAGCUGCGGCCCACUCAGGCCGUCCAGCCAAGGAUCAAGCUGAAGCUGUUCGGACACUCUGGAGCCGGGAAGAGCACCCUGCUGGAGUCUCUGAAAUGUGGCAUCCUGCGCAGCUUCUUCAGGAGGAAGAGGACACGCAUGACCAACACGGCCCGUCACCCCAACUCCCCCAUCAGCUCCAAACCUGCUGUGUCAGUGAGCAUUUCCAACCUGUACCCGGGCUGUGAGAAUGUGAGCGUGCGGAGUCGCAGCAUGAUGUUCGAGCCCAGCCUAACCAAGGGCGUCCUGGAGGUCUUCUCCCCCGUCCACAGCGCUCUGUCCACAGCUGACGAACAGGCCACAAAGGCCAUCGACAUCCAGCACGCCAACAUCCACGGCGUGGGGGAUUUCAAUGCGUGGGAGUUUUCCGGGAACCCGGUCUACUGUUGCUCCUACGACUACUUUGCAGCCAACGACGUCACAGCGAUCCAUCUGGUCCUGUUCAGCCUGGAGGAGCCGUACGAGACCCAGCUGGGCCACAUCACCUACUGGCUGAACUUGCUGAAAGCCCUCACCCUGCCCAAGGACAACAUCGCUUUCGGAGGUCGGAUCCGGCAGCCCCUUAUGGUCGUCCUGGUGGCGACACAUGCUGACCUCGCUGACGUCCCCAGAGCUUUCUCUGGAGAGUUCAGCUACGACAAGGAGAGAGCACUCCUCAAGGAAGUCAGAAACAGGUUUGGGAACGACCUGCAGAUCAAUGACAAACUGUUUGUGAUGGACGCUGGAGCCUCAAACUCCAAAGACAUGAAGCUGCUGAGGAGCCACCUGCAGGAACUUCGCACCAACAUUGUCUCUAGGUGUAGUCCCAUGACGUUGCUGUCGGAGCGUCUGCUGACCACCCUGCCGACCUGGAGGAAGCUGAGCGGACCCAACCAGCUGACGUCAUGGCAGCAGUUUGUCAGCGACGUCCAGGAGCACAUCAACCCUCUGGUCAGCCAGGAUCACCUCCGCGCACUGGCCCUGCAGCUUCACAGCAUGGGGGAGAUCAACAUCAUGCAGAGCGAGACGGUGCAGGACGUCGUUCUGUUGGAGCCUCGAUGGCUCUGCAGCAACAUCCUCGGCAAACUGCUCUCUGUGGAGACGCCCAAGGCCAUCCACCACUACAGGGGGCGCUACAGGCUGGAGGAGGUGCAGGCUCUGGCCCCUGAAAGUGACGUGGACGAGCUGCUGCAGAUUCUGGAUGCCAUGGACGUCUGCGCCCGGGACGUCACCAACCCCUCCAUGGUGGAUGUUCCCGCCCUCAUCAAGACAAACGGCCUCCACCGCUCCUGGACCGAAGAAGAGGAGGAGGAGUCGCUGAUCUACGGCGGGGUACGACUCGUGCCUGCCGAGCACCACCCCCUUCCCUGUGGCCUGUUCCACAAACUGCAGGUGAACCUGUGUCGUUGGAGCCACCAGCAGAAGCCUGAGGAGGAGGGCGGGGAAGACAUCGACGGAGAUAUCCACCUGUGGACCAACGGAGCCAAGGUGAGCCAAGCGGGGGUGGAGGCCAUGAUCCUGCUGGUCAACCACGGCCAGGGGGUGGAGAUUCAGGUGCGUGGACACGACUCAGAGCGGGCCAAGUGCUACACCCUGUUGGACACCAUCUGCAGCAUAACCGAGAACCUACUGGCCUCCACGCUUCCCGGACUGCUCACAGCCAAAUACUACCUGAGUCCUCAGCAGCUGCGGGAACACCACGCCCCCAUCAUGAUCUACCAACCCAAAGAUUUCUUCCGGGCCCAAGUCCAGCGGGAAACUUCUCUCACCAACACCAUGGGUGGCUACCGGGAGAGCUUCAGCAGCAUCCUGGCUUUCGGCUGCGCUGAAGUUUACCAGCAGGGGACGCUGGGGACAGACAUCCACAUAGCAGACGUCCCGCUGUUGGCUCGCAGGAAGCUGUGCCGUAUGCUGGACCCUCCCGACGCUCUAGGGAAAGACUGGUGCCUGCUGGCCAUGAACCUCGGCCUCACAGAGUUGGUGGCCAAACACAGCAACGGGACUCCAAACGGCACCCCUGAGCUGUACUCAGACCCAGAGUCCCAGCAAGCCGAGCUGCAGCCCAGCCCGACGGCGGCGCUGCUGCAGGAGUGGAGCGGGCGAGCAGGCAGCACGGUCGGUGUGCUGAUGGCCAAACUGAGGGAGCUCGGCCGUCGAGACGCCGCCGACUUCCUCCUCAAAGCUUCUCCUGUUUUCAGGGUCAACAUGGAGGCAGUGGGAGGGGCCGCCAACGGGUACCCCCCCACCUGCAACGGAGGCACGUCGUACAACUCCAUCAGCUCCGUCAUAUCCCGCUGAACCCAACCGGGUGGACUUUCUGUCCUCACCAAGCUUCAGAUAGUCGUCUGGUGUGACAUUUAACCCACAAAAAAAAAAAAAAAAACGAAAAAAAAAAGAAAAACAGAAGAAAAAAAAGACCGUGACAGACUUGCGUGUGAAUCAACAAGUGCAAUCGUUACCAGAGUCCAGCUGCUCGCUCUUCAAUCACUCCAUUAAGUUGGCAUUUGAGCCAGAUGUUGUGUUUGUGCUCUCCACACCUGUACAGCUGACCUUUCCUUCCACUAUGAAUGUUGUGAAAGAACUGAACGUCCUGAGCUCCAAAGAGGAAUCCUGUGCUUUUAUUCUGUUCUUAAUCUCGUUGUGCUGCUUUUUAAUAUCCUCUCCUACUCUACUUUACGCCCAGGUCUCACUCCUGCGACAGCGAACGGUCAGAAGGCUGGGAAAAGCUACAUUUUAUAAUCUCCACGUGAAGGAAUGGACAUGGUUUUAAAAAGAUGGCAGCCACACGUCUGGACCUUUUUUCAUAUCCAUCCUCCAGUAAAAACUGAGGACUUUAGUGUAUCAGUGUACGUGCGGGAGGCUGUCGUCUUAACUCAUUCCAUCGAUCACAGUAUACAAACACACGGUAAUAUCUCCCUCUUUGCUUCUGUUUUACAUUUGGCCGUUCAGCUUAGUGUUUAACAAAUUAACAGCAUUUUUCAGAGUGCCUUUGUGGCCUUCUACCUCCCUAAAGAGCACAAAUAGUCUUGUUAUAAAAACAGUAGUUCUUUCCAAACAUUUGAAGAACUGUGCCUUGUUGACACUAAUAGUAAAAUGAAUUUCAGUCAAGCAGACAGAAAAAAAGGUUAUUAAAGAAAGAACAUGAAAAAAGACAAAUGAAAGCUCAGUUCGUUUUUUCAAAGUUUUGAAAUUUGAAUUUCACCGGCAAAAUAAAAACCAAAAAAAAAACAAAAACCAAACACAGGACUGAAAUCAGAUGAUCAGAUUUCUGCUGUGUUGUGUUUAAACGUUUGGGAGUUGGUCAGGAGAUAAAACGCGAUCAUCCUCUCAUAUUAAAUUCAGUGUGGAGUCGAUGUGACGCUCUGUGGAAGCUGUGGGGUCAAAGGGGAAACAAUUUCAUCCAUUUUCAGCUGGUGCAUCCGUGGGUUUUUACAGCCGAUCACCUCAAAGUAUUAAACCCUCAUUCAUCCAUACAACACCAGUAUUCUUUCAGUUGAUUUGGUUACGCUUUAUUUUACAGGUUCGUUACUACCUAAUAACUUCUCGAAGGUCUCCUGGAAAGAGCGGCGUGGUUUGGUGCUAAUUACAGGAAUAGUCUGAAACUGUUAUUUCAGUUCCUUCAGUUAGAUGUGGGUUUAUUAUUGACUUCCAGAUGAAUUUCAAGGAAGGAAAUUUCUCCAUUUAAACCCCAGCGAAUAAUUUAUAACUAUUCUUCAUUUAUGCUGAAUUGUUUUGGGGUUUUUGUUUUUUGUUGUUAGACACAUUUCACACUUUACAUGUGUAGCUCACUUGCUGUCUCUAAAAUACAAAGAAGGUUGUGCCAGCUUAGUAUUUAGUCAUAAUUGGAAGUGUGACCAGCUGAACAGUCUCUAAUUAUUAUUAUUUAUCAUCAUUUUGUACAUAGUUUUACACACAAAUGAGCGGAAACCUACCAAAUUUUUCAUAGCUGUUUUACAUAUUGUGCUUUAAAUAUAAUUCUAUUUUUUCUCAGUUGUAAUCACAGUUUCAACAAACAAUGCAACAUUUAGACAAAUCAAAGUAUGUUGUUUUGUUUUACUUUCACAUUUCACUCUUUUCUAAACCCAAAGCACCGAACUGAGGAAAAGUAGAGUUAUAUGAAAGCUGACGCGCACUCUGAACAGCAAUGCAGAUGUUAUUUUCUGGUCUUGUUCAUAACGUUUGUUCUCUCCGACUCGACUGAAGUGGUCUUGACUACGGGUUUGGUACUCACGGGGAAAAACAGAGACCACGUUUUGAGACCGGCAUCUGAGUUUAGCCAUCAGCUGGUUGUCGGUUUUUUUUUUUUUUUUUGUUCUUUCCCUGAGAAAUUUUUCUUUAAGACAACUGCUCAAACCUUAGUGACCGGAAAAACUGACAGAGAUCCAGUUCUUGCUUGUAUACAUACUUUGCCUUCUUUCGUGUUCAGACGACCUGCUGGGUACUGAUCAUAACACUUCAUCAGAUUAGAGGCGUAGCGAUUGAACACUCUCCAGAUUUUGCCCACGACUGGCACCAAAAUACGUCGUCCUCUCCAGGAACCUUCAUAAGAAAUGUUACAGUUACCUGCUUUAUCGACUCCUUUCAAAGAAACGUUUGGAAAACUAUGGGACCUGUAGAAUAAAGUGUUGCUAUGAAUGUUUUCACCAUUUCCACAGAGGGAACUGUAGCCAUUUUUUACAGAAAAAAGGGGACUCUCUUUCCUCAAGUACAGUGUCUAUUUGAAGGCGUUGGUCCUUCCAGCAGCUACAUUUAUCCGCGGUAGUGGGUCACACAUCGUUGCUGAGCGUUAAAUGUUAAAAAUGACCUUGGCAGACAGAGCGACGCUGCUAAGCUUCAGUGUCCAACCCCGAGCCCAAACUGCGCACUCAUACUUUGAGGAGUACGUUCCAGAAAAAUAAUAACCUCAAGGAAGAUGAAUUUUGUAACUUGGUUGCUUUUCUACCAAGCUAAAAUGUAAUGUGUUAUAUCUAGAGUCAUCAGUUUUGGUAAACACACCUGACCCCUGCACCUAUUUAAUGCUUCCUCAACAGGUUUUUCUGCAUUAGUGAGCAGUGCUAGGACGUUAACGGUCAAGUCGCCGUCCGCGGCGCCACAGUUUCGCCCAGUGGCAUCGACGCCGCUUCUGUCUGAGCUUCUCUCAGUAUCGCUGUCAGUGUUGGUCGGCCACGCGUGGCCUCGCAUCUCCUUUCAGUUUGUCUUUUUAUAACGCGAAGCUGCAGCCCGGCCCGGUCAGCAGAGGCGGGGGGGGCACGAAGUUAGUAUUGUUAGCUGAAAAAAAAAGCCAAAGGCCGCUGAUGACAGAAAUGUCCUAGAAAGGCAUUUUCACCGUGUGUAAGCUGGUGUGUUAUAAUGUUUGUGACCUAACGUGGACCCAAGAACUGCUCUUCUUUCGGUACAUACGUGUUGAUGUUGGCAAGAAGAGUCUUUUAAUUCCUUAAAAAAGUUUAACUUUGUGGAUGUGAAGGGCCUUUUUCAGGGCACAGUGUCAGAGUUUGACAGAAACAAACGAGCUCUGUGCCAGUGUUUCCUGUCCGCUUUACUUCCUCCAGUCUCCAGUGUUACCAUCUGUUCACAGAGAUAAAACGAGACUUUAAAGACUAUUGCAAAUACUCUACUUCUCCCGCUACUGUCGUCUCAGCCUGAACUUGCCAAUUGACACAGCAGACUCGAAGCUGUGAUGUAAAUACUCGAGGCCCGUGUCUUUGACUUCAUCCUCUCUGUUCUGUGAGUUUUCAGCUCUUCUUUUUUUUUCUUCUUUUUUUUUGCCCAAAUAUGAUAAUUACAACAAGGCAAAAUGAAUGUACCACACAUUUCUCCUAAGAAGCGAAAACAAUAACGACAAAAACCCCCAACAUGUGUACAAAAACAUGAAGAAAUGAAAUGUCCCAAACUGGUCAUUAUUUUUCUUGCUUUAUUGAAGCUCCUGUUGAAGUUGUGUAUAAUCAUUGCCAAUGUUGUGUGCCUAAAACACGCUCACAUUCAUUCCUGUGUUGUUGCCUUGUUACAGUAUACAAGCUGAGAAGUGAGAUUUCAGAAACUGUCUGUUUCUCCUGUCUUGUCUUGUUUUGUUUUGUUCGGUAAAAGCUGAAAAUCACCAUGAUCUUAUCGAGUUUGCCUCCAGACCGAAAACGCUCGGACCUAAAGGUGUCCUCAAAAAAAAGGUUUUUCUGUGUGUUUCUGUUGGACGAGGAAGGAGGGACUCGACGUUACUCCUGAGUGAAUCCCCCCCCCCCUCGGAGACUCCGGUCUAAUCGCCACAUUGCACAAGUCUCUUUGUCGCUAUUUAUGUUACAUUCUUUAAGCAUGUCCUGGAAUGCCAUGUUCUUAGUACUUCUGACACUUUAUAGUGUAAUACAUUUUAUAAUAAAUUCUUUACCUAAUAUGAUCGUCUCUGUUCUACUUGAGGAGACACCCUCGGACAUAUUAAAGGUUCCUGAGGAAGCAAGAUACUCCUUACGUUAGUAUUAACAGGUUAACGAGAUCCUCAUGAA